AACACAGUAGCAGGGAGAUUCCCGCAGUAAACCUCACACACUGUCACCAAGGCGCUCCAGUGAAAUAGUCCUGCACUUUACUUGUAUAGUCUCUGCUUCUCAUUUCACCGGUUAUCAACCAGGGGAAGGCAUUCCAGGAAGACUGUAGGAGUCUCUUCGUGUGCCUCAUGGCUGCGGUACUUGGAAACAGCACCCGAACUACGGGAACUUCAGAUUGUGAGCUGAGAAGCCACUUCAGAAGGAGAAAGAGGAGGAGGUCGACAAGAAAAGAGAGAACCAGUAUGCUGUCAUCCUUCAUCAGCCCUAUGAAGAUUAGAGAUAGUGGGACAACAACAUCAAAAGACAAUGGAGACACUUCAAAUAGCAGCAGCGGUGAGGUGAAGGAGAAUCGUCAUAGCACAAACCAAGUGGACUAUUCAACCAUACGACAACCUGCACAUCAUCAACCAGCUCUUUACACUGACAUCUCCAGAGAGCUCCCCAGGACUACUGCUCUAAAGAGGAAGCAGCCAUUGGUGGAAGGAAAAGACAGUCUUCUCUAUGAACUCCAGUUGAUCUGUAAGAGGACGGCCCAUUGCUUUACAUCAGAUAGCGCCACGACUCCAUCUGCACUGUCGGUUGAGGGAGGAGCAUCACGCGGGAUUGACGCAACCUGCCGGAAGACAAUGAGGACUUCCUGGUCUGUCACAAAGAAGAACGCCCUGGUGCAGUUGAACGAGCUGAGACCAGGUCUACAGUAUGAGAUAGCAUCCUGGACAGGGCCAGUUCACGCCCCUGUGUUCGCUGUAGGAGUAGAGGUGAACGGUCUCAGGUUCGAGGGCCGAGGCCCCACCAAGAAGAAGGCUAAGAUGAGAGCAGCAGAGAUGGCUCUUAGGUCCUUCAUCCAGUUUCCCAAUGCCCCUCAGGCUCACAUCACCAUGGGAAACCUCAACUUUAUCAACACCACAGCACCAGCAGACUUCACCUCAGACCAGGCCGUUCUCAUCCCUGACACGCUCUUCAAGGAGUUUGAGCCAGAAGCAAACGAAGACCAAUUCCUUUACCACAGGACAGACGGAAAGGAGUUGCAAUUUGAGGAGCCACCAGCGCAGGGAGAUACACAACUCCUAUACCACAGCCACAGGACAGGGGGAAAGGGACAGGAGUUGCUCUCCAGCAUUUGUAACCACGGGAGACUAGUAUGCCUGACCCUUGACCUGAUGUCCUCAGCCAAUCAGAAGAGGCAGAGGAUCGGUUCCUCCAUUGUUGAGGAGCUGAGGCCUGUGGCUCUGCUCAAUGAGUUAAGGCCAGGCCUGAGGUACGUCUGCCUGAUGGAGAGAGUGCGGGGCAGGCCGAUCAGGAGCUUUGUGAUGGCAGUGAGGGUGGAUGGAAGGAUAUUUGAGGGCUGUGGGCGCAGUAAGAGACUGGCUCAAGCCCGGGUAGCUACCUCAGCCCUACAGGACCUGUUUAACAUCAGUCUGGGGCCUGAGACUAGCAUCAGUCGUACUGCCAGCUGGGCCAAGAGCUCUCAGCUACCUCAGUGCUUUGCAGAGUCAAUCUUCCACUUGGUGAGAGAGAAACACAGUCAGCUAGACUGUUACUGCCCUGCCUCCCACAGCCGUCACAAAGUACUGGCAGGCAUCGUAAUGACCAGAGGUUUUGACGUUAGGCGAGGCCAGGUGGUGUCUCUGGGGACAGGGACCAAGUGUUUCAGUGGAGUGUGUGUCAGUGACCAGGGAUGGACGGUUAAUGACUGCCAUGCUGAGGUCAUCACAAGGAGAGCUUUCCUCCGCUUUCUCUACACCCAACUGGAGCUCUUUCUCUGUAACCGGCCAGACAGUUUGGAGCAGUCCAUCUUUGUGCGAGACAAAGAGUCUGGGUACAGACUGAGAGAUGGUAUUCUGUUCCAUAUGUAUGUGAGCUCAUCGCCCUGUGGGGACGCACGCCUCAAUUGCCCCUACGAGGUAACAGCUACACACCACAGCUGGCACAGAUUUGUAAGGAAGUUACGCUGCCAUCUGAGGAUGAAGAUGGAAGGCGGUGAGGGUACACUUCCUGUCAGCGUACGGAGAGCCAAUCAGAAAUGGGACAGGGGGUUGCCGAGGGAACCUCCGGUCACCAUGUCCUGCACAGAUAAAAUGGCCAGGUGGAAUGUUCUAGGUCUCCAGGGCUCUCUCCUGUCUCACCUGGUGGAGCCAGUGUACCUCCACAGCCUCACUGUGGGCAGCCUGUGCCACACGGGUCACCUGGGAAGGACCAUGGCACGACGCAUGGGGCACAUCAGCCCCACGUCCUCCUCCUAUAGACACAACAGGCUACUCCUCGGCUGCCUCAGCAGCAGUGAGGGUCGGCAGCCAGGGAAGUCCCCCAGGUUCAGUGUGAACUGGAGUGCUGGAGACGGGGAGCUGGAGGUGCUGGAUACCUCUACAGGCAGGAGGAAAGGCUCAGGGACACCAUCCAGACUCUGCAAGAGAUCCCUCUUCACUCGUUGGGAGAGACUACACCACGAGCUGAGCAGGCCAGGACAAGUGUUGGGUGACGAGAAGGCCAUAAAGACGUACUGUGGAGCUAAGAUGACAGCGGGGGCCUACCAGAGAGCCAAGCAGAAGUUUGUCCUCUCACUGCAGGAGGCAGGCCUGGGCAUCUGGAACAGGAAACCACCAGAACAGGAGCACUUCCAGAGCAGCCUGUAAGGGGUUCUUAUAGAAGAAGCAAUUCCCUCACACACACUCACAUGCGCUCUUCCUAUCAUGGUCACUAAGACCAUAGAGGUCCUAUAACACAAUGUUACCAUGAUAGGGACAGCACAUGUACAGGUAACCCGCCAAAAUAAUGGAAACAUUUGAGUAAAUGAAGGAUACAAAGUAUAUUGACAGCCGAGUUAAUUAAGCCGUUAAUAUUCUAUAAUGCUUAGGGUCAUGUAUAGAAAUGCUGGAGGAGGAAAGCAUGGAUUAGCAACUAGAUUCAGCCGUGGGCGGAACAGGGGGGCGGAACAUAAUUACAGAUAAUUUCUAGGUAAAUUGACCACAAGAAGCCCAAAACAGAUCUAUUUGACUAAAACAUAGUAAUUUCAAACCUUGCUUACAUUUUUAUACGAUCAUGUAUCUCUCUAUUAUGCGACGGAAUACUUAGAAACACAUUUCCCAAAUUAGAAUCACUUUGGACUGAUUUCCUGGUGCUUUUACAGUUUUUUUAAUGUCCAACAAUGAAAAACCCUAGAGGUCUUCUCGGGUCCAAAAAUGUGGACAUGGACACGAACGGACAGAUCAUAAAUUAUUAAAAUCAUUUUUAAAAGGGGACCCGAACCUGACAACAAUCAGACCCGAGCAUAAAUGGACCCAACAACACCCAGACCUAGACCUGACCUGUACCCUAACAGUUCCGGAUCUAGACCAGACCCCUGAUUGGACCAGAGAGAUAUUUUUUUAAAUUUGCAACUAAGUUGCUCUUCUGGUUAACAAAUAGGCCUUUAUAUGUUGGCUAGGCCUUCUGUAAAGUCAAUAAACUCACAUUAUAAGUGUAAAAUAAAUAUGCUAUAGGCUAUGCAGAGCCAUUCGGGUCAACGUGGGUCUAUCAGCUGUAGUACCUAGACCCAAACCCGAUGACAAUCAAAGAGGACCCAAGGGAAAAGUUAUAAUUCUGGACCGCGGUCGGGUAUCAGGUAUUUGUUUUCGGGUACACCCAUGAAGACCUGUACUAUAACCCUAUAGGAUGACAAUGCACAGGGCACGAGUGGUUACUGAAUUGUUUGAUGAGCAUGAAAACAAUGUAAACCAUAUGCCAUGGCCAUCUCAGUCACCAGAUCUCAACCCAAUUGAACAAUUAUGGGAGAUUCUGGAGCAGCACCUGAGACAGCGUUUACCACCAGCAAAUUAUGGCAUUUCUUGUGUUGGGGUUUCCUUUAUUUUGGCAGUGUGAGGUGAGUGUGUGAGGGAAUUUGGCUAGCUAAAGUUCCCUGGAUUGCUUCUGUGCACUAUUUGCUUAUCUAUAAUGAAUUUGUAGUCCUGCUUUCAUUCCGCCUCCUCUGUGCAAUCAUAUAACAAUAGUAGCCCAAAGAUGAUCCCAUUUCCCCUUUAGUAAUCCGUCAUCCACACCUGUUGAGUUACUCACUUGAGCUCCCCUUAUUUUUGGUGUCUCCUUGCAAUGCAAACGACAUUUCCUUUCAACCAUUCUGUCAUGUAUUGUCUUGUUCAUUUUUUACAUUGAAUGUUAUUAAAUAGUUUUGAGAGAAAAUUGUCAUUGUAGUACUGGGGAGUCAGUAGACUAUAGUAUGUGACUGGCUAUAGUAUGUGAAACUGGCCAUGAGAAACAUGAAAGAGCAGUGACAUCUAGUGGCUCAAAGAGUACAUUUCAAGUUGACAGUAAUUUACUCAUUUUAUUUUAUCUACAUUACAAUUGCACAUAUAGACAUGUCAUAUAGCUAAUUUAAAAUAAUUAAUGUAUUUCCUCUUUCUGCAAGCAACUUUAUUGUUAGAUAUAUAUUUCUACAGAUAUAUAUUUCUACACAAAAGACAUCUCUGCACAACACCAUCUCACAGACUGAAACGACAAU